CUAGUUGCCAUCACUAUUUUCUAAUCUAUGACUCCGUAGGUCUUUUACAAUCCUCUCUGCAGUUCUUUGCUAAGCGUAAAACCAGACAUAAGGGGAGAUGAGUCGCGCCGCCCCAUUUCUUCCCAUAGAAAUCAUCGCCGACGUUCUCAAGCGACGGUGAAAUCCGUAAUCCGAUUCCAAAGUGUAUGCUCUCUCUGGAAGAAUCUCAUCCAGAGCCCAUCUUUCAUUGCCAGCCACCUCGACCGCGCCAGCGGAGAAGAUCCCUUUCUUAUUUGCAGACGGAGCCCCUUCUUCCACACCUCGACUAUAUAUUGUCUCGACCGCAACAUACAACUCUGCGAAGUUCAGAACAAUCCUUUUAUCGAGCUCCAAAAGAUCGUCGGCUCCUGCAACGGCUUGCUGUGUUCGAAUCGAGGAGCCUUUUACUCCCUUACUGUCUCUUUACUUGUGGAAUCCUGCGACUAGAGAGGUUAUACAGGUGCCUAGAAGCAGAACAAGCAUGGAUAUAUGUUAUAUUUGUAGUUUGGGCUUUGGAUUUAUUCCAACUGUGAACGAUUACAAAAUCGUCAUACCCUAUGUGACGCGGGGUGAUGUUCCGGAAAAUGGAUUUGAAGUUUAUUCUGUAUCCACGCAUUCAUGGAAGAAAAUAGAAAUGACUAUCUUAAAGGACAUACAGUUUGUUGGUGAUCCCAUUAAUACUAAUGGGUCUAUGUUUUGGUUUGCAACACAGAGAGGUUUGGCAUCUCAUGGGAAAGAGUAUACUAAUGUCAUAAUCUCCUUCUGUUUAGCAAUGGAUGAGGUCAGAUUGAUACCACCCCCUCCUUUAUCCAGGAACGACGUUGCUAGGCUGACUGUGUAUGAGAAUAGGCUUGCCAUAUUUCAUUAUUCUAGUGCUUUAAACACAGGAAAUUUUUCGAUCGAUUUGUGGGUUAUGAAGGAAGGCAUUGGUGGUUCGUGGAGUAAGAUAUUGACUUGUGGUCCUUAUCCACUCUUUGUAAGACCGAUGACCAUUUGGAGGAACCAGAUUGUCUGCGAUGUGUCUACUAAAUGUGCUGUAGAGGGGGACGGUGAGAACGAUGAGGUUGGUGGUAUUGAUAGUCUUUUGUUUGAUCUCACUUCUAAGGAAGUCAAGGUCCUUUUUUCGGGCACAUGUAGCAUUCUUCGUGAUGUUUAUAGCUAUGUCGAAAGCCUUGUAACCAUCAGCAAUAUCCACACUGCAAAGCAUUGAUUUUAAAGCGUAAUUAUUAUUGAAUUAUUAUUAUUAUGCAUUGCAGAUUUACUGAUUUGGCUCUGUAGACAGUGAUUAUUUAAUUGUCUGUUCGAAGUUGUAGAACAACCAAGAUGACAUUUGACUGAAAUAGUACUCAAUU